GAAGGAGGAGGGGAUGGAGAGAGAAGGAGGAGGGGGUGGAGAGAGAAGGAGGGGAAAGGAGAGAGGACAAAAUAUUCAAAACAAAGGACGCUUUUGGACGACAGGAAAAGAUCUCGUAAACAUCUAGCUCUUACAAGGAUGGGCAGUCUUCCAAUCGCCCUGCUCCUCUGCAGUUUCCACGUCCUCACAGCUGUAGCCCAAGCCCCGCAGGCUGAGAUGGAACUCCACAGAGGUGACUGGAAUGAAGAGGAGGCUUUGGUGUCUGUUUCUACCUUACCACCUGACUGUAGGGAAGAGACGUACCCCUGCACCAGGAUGUACUCUGUCCACCGGCCCAUCAAGAGAUGCAUCCACUCCCUCUGCCUUUACAGCCUCCCUCGUGUCUAUGUGAUCAACAAGGAGAUAUGUGUUAGAACUGUCUGCCAACAGGAUGAGUACCUGAAGGCUGAGCUCUGCAGGGAGCGGUCCGGCUGGCCCAAACGCUUCCAGAGGUCAACCACCAAUAAGAAACGCUGUCGCAAUCGCCAUAGCAACCCCAAAACCUGGGAAAACAAGGCCUGAUGGGCCCAAGAUGGCGGAGAUGGAAGGAGGGGCGGAGGAAGAAGGGAGGAAGGGGAGGAGAGAAGGAGGGAGGACUCCCUUGGAGACAGAACACUGGGUUGUCUCCAUAAAAACACCCCAAAACAUCAUAAAUCCACCGCUCAACACCUGGUGCUAGCCAGCCACACACACACACACACACACACACACACACACACACACACACACACACACACACACACACACACACACACACACA